AUGGCCGAGGACUUCAUGCAACAAGCGGAUGGCGAAACGGCAAAAACAAUGGCAUUUUAUGCAAUUGAUGCAAAGCUGAAAGAACAAGGUCGAAGUUGCAGUGAUUUUGGUAUACCAUCACCAACAUCUGUUCCAUAUUCAUUUGAAUCAAAAACUAUCAAUAAAGAAGAACUUCGAAUAGAACAAGAAAUGUAUACAAUGUUGAAUCAACAUCAACGUUCGGUAGCAGAUGCAAUUCUUGCAAGUCAUCGUAAACAAUCAAGCACCACUGCUGGCUUAUGUUUCUUUAUCGAUGGCCCUGGAGGAGUCCAUGUUAUGACAGUUGCAUGGACAGGAAAUGCUGCAAGUUUAUCGCCCGAAGGAAGAACUGUACAUAGUCGUUUCAAGCUUCCUGUACCUAUCUUAGAAACAUCUACAUCACGUAUUCGACAAAACAGUAAGGAAGCUGAAGAGAUUAGAAAGACGCAAAUUUUUAUUUGGAACGAAGCACCAAUGGCUCCAUCUUAUGCUCUCAAUGCAGCUGAUAUUUUUCUGAGAGAUAUAAUGAACAUCGAUGCACAUUUUGGAGGAAAAAUUAUGAUACUCGGUGGAGAUUUUCGACAAGCUCUUCUAGUCAUUCGAUUUGCAAACAGAUCAGAAUUAAUUGCAGCAAGUCUCAAAAGUCCCAACCUUUGGUCUUACUUCAAAGUCAUGCAUCGACACCAGAACAUGACAACAGGAUAA